ACCGAAGCUGCUGGCAGUAAACGCUUUGUGAACAUAUAUAUCUGAUCUACGUUACGGCACUUCUACUGUUCUUAGGAGUUUCAACAACGGUUGGGAAACGUCCAGCGAUCUAAACUCUCACGCUUCCGAACCUAACCCGAGACCUGUAGCCGCCAUAUUUUACCAUGUUCGAAAUCCUCGCUGUCCGUUUUCCGUACCCUGCACCACAAGAAGGAUUUUGGGGGAGGCCAACGUCCACCCUAAACUGGUGCGAGGAAGACUACGUCAUCAGCCACUACGCUGCGGAAAUCAUGAACACCCUCACCAAUGUUUUAUUCAUUGCGCUUGGCGUUCGGGGGGUGCGGAAUUGCCUCAAAUACAAACACGACAGAAUAUUUCUCAUUGCGUACAUGGGCUAUUUGCUCGUAGGCUGCGGCAGCUUCGCUUUCCAUGCGACUUUGACAUAUCCAAUGCAGCUUGUAGAUGAGCUUUCCAUGAUCUAUACCACAUGCAUCCUCUGCUAUGCAAUUUUCACCCACUCGAAAUCUCGCUUGUUUGCGAUACUCCUUGGAAUUGGACUAGCCGUACUGUCCAUUUCAAUCACAGCAUAUUACCACUAUGUUAAAGAUCCCUUAUUCCAUCAAUGCGCCUUUACCAUACUCUUUAUUACCACAGUGUUCCGGAGCCUGUACACGAUGGAAUCAGUUUUGCGUCCCUUAUUGAGCGAGAAGUACGCAGACAAGGCCGGCGGGAUUUCGCCCUCAAACACGGAAGCGCGAGGUUUCCCCGUUCGAGGAGACCACGUUAUAAUUCGUGAGAUGCGGUGGAUUGUCGUCAUGGGGUUCGUCACCUCUGUAGCAGGUAUCGCCGCCUGGAACCUGGACAACUUAUGCUGCAGUGAUCUUCUCCGGUGGAGACAUCAAGUGGGACUGCCAUGGGGUAUAAUUCUCGAGGGCCAUGGAUGGUGGCACGUGCUGACUGCCUUGGGAGUGAACUACUUUAUCACCUGGGGUAUUUGGCUUAGGCACUGUUUGAACGACCUGCAAGAACACUACAUCUUGAAUUGGCCACAUAAGCUACUCUCUCUUCCGGAUGUUGUUCCCUCGGUGGAGCACCCACGGUACUCGAGACUACAGUGUACAAUGAAUGAUGGCUUCGGGAAUGCUGGGUUGGAAAAAAAGGAUUUGUAGUUGCUCAUCGUAAACCUUGUCCUUUCCCGUCACCCAAGCCUCAUCCAACCCACUGACGAGAAGAUAAUCAUAUGGCUUCCAUGGACGAGACUUGUGUAUAUGAAGCUUGGUUUAGGAGACGUCAAGUAGAUUCGCAGAGAUAGAACUGAAUGUCAUCAUGGGAUAUGUCCUUUGUCUGUGGAUAACGAUGACAUUAUUCCCCUGACUUCCGCAGAUGGAUCGGCCCAGCACCCCGAUUCCAGCUCUGCCAAGGUGAUUUUCACUCUGAAUUCGCCACUACCGUGUACAUCUGCAGCUAACUCGACAACACACUGAAUCACGAACCAGAGACUUCGAACGCGGGGAAGCCGGACUAUAG